AUGAAGCGAGCAAGUGAGGUCAGCAUUGAAUCAAUUGGCAAGAAACAAUGCACGAGAAGCAAUUCGUUCCCGUUCGACCACCAAGCCAUUGAAGCGUUCAUCCGCGAUGGAUUUGUACUGCUUUCAAAAGCCUUUUCAACAUCUACGGCUCAAAAGUGUCGGGAAGUGAUUUGGCAACGACUGGCUCAGGAUGGCAUUACAAAAGACUCGUCGACGUGGGUAGAGAGACACGGCAUACCAGAGCUCUAUACGGCGAAGGACGAUAUCGUGUGGAAAGACGUGAUAACUCCACGUCUCAAACAAGCAGUGGAUCAGCUCUGCGGCAUCAACAAGUGGAAAGACUUUGGCCUUGGAUGGUGGAUAAUCACAUUCCCGGGUCAGGCAGAGCCGCCGUGGGAAGCGGCCGGCAAGUGGCACGUGGAUGGUGCGACCUACCAGCAUCAUGUAGACAGUCAGGAAUCUGGGCUGCUGGCGAUUUUCCUCUUCUCCGAUAUCGGACCCGGUGAAGGAGGCACGGCGCUAUCUGUGGGAUCGCACAAGCGAAUUGCAAGGAUGCUGAAGAAAAAUGAGCCACGUGGGAUGAAAGGGGGUGCCGUGAGCUAUCAGGCCCGACAGUUUCAGCGCCGAGAGGUUGUAGAGGUGAAUGGCAAGGCCGGUGACGUGAUGCUAGUGCAUCCUUUCUUGCUGCAUGCUCGAAGCAAGAAUCUGGGACAAAAGGGAGUAGAGUCUGUGCGCAUCAUGUGCAACCCGAACGUGCAGCUGCACCGCAAGAUGAACUUGAACCGAGCGGAUGGAGACUUUAGCCCUGUAGAGCAGGCAGUGGUUGACGCAUUGCAGGAACAAGCAAUGGGUUGUGAGUACGAAUGA